CAAACAAGGGAAAAAAAAAUGGAGGGAAAAGGGUUUUGCAGUUUUUUCGAGAAUGCUAAGCCAUACAUAGCCAUGGUCUGCUUGCAAUUUGGUUAUGCUGGGAUGAACAUAAUUACCAAAGUGUCCCUCAACAGAGGCAUGAGCCACUAUGUGCUUGUGGUUUACAGGCAUGCAUUUGCCACUGCUGUUAUUGCCCCUUUUGCCCUCGUGCUCGAAAGAAAAGUGAGGCCGAAGAUUACGUUCAAGAUCUUCAUGCAGCUAUUCGUGUUGGGACUUCUCGGGCCCGUAAUAGAUCAGAAUUUCUACUACGCGGGGCUUAAAUUCACGUCCCCAACCUUUUCGUGUGCCAUGAGCAAUAUGCUCCCGGCUAUGACAUUCGUUAUGGCUGUCCUCUGCAGGAAAUACACAGCCCAGCUGUCACUCACAGCACUUGUGUGUUUUAUGGGCACAUUGCAAUCUAUUGCUGUUACUUUUGUGAUGGAGCAUAAGCCACAUGUUUGGGCCAUUGGGUUUGACAUGAAUCUCUUAGCUGCUGCGUAUGCUGGGAUUGUGUCAUCAGGAAUAGCAUACUAUGUGCAAGGGCUUGUGAUGCAGAAAAGAGGGCCUGUGUUUGUGACUGCUUUCAGCCCAUUGAUGAUGAUCAUUGUAGCCAUAAUGGGCUCCUUCAUUUUGGCUGAAAAAAUAUAUGUUGGAGGGGUUCUUGGAGCAGUUUUAAUUGUAAUUGGGCUUUACUCUGUGCUGUGGGGAAAAUACAAAGAGUACAAGGAGAAAGAAGAGGAAAUUCUUGAACCAAUCAAAGGUGACAAUCACAAUUUGGGCACUAUUAUUGAAGAUAUUGAGGCAAAUACUUUUGUUCAGCCAAAUAAAAUGGAAGAAAAAGAAAAUAGAUUGUAUGUGUCUCCAGUGACUAUAAGUGCCCCAAUGCCACAGCCCCCCAUGCUAGCCUUAGAAGCCCCAAAGAAUAUAAAUUAGGUGUACAGGGAAAACAAAAAUGGGAAAUUGGAUAAUUAAUUAUGGAAAGUUGAAGCAGGGGUUAUUGGGUCAUUGUAGCUUCA